UCUCUUGCUGGCUUGCUUGUUUCACAUCAGUUUUUUUCUUCGAUUUGUUGAUCUGCUCUAGGUCCCGAUCUUUAAUGGGCACAGGGGAUCCUGGAGAGUUGAGCUCGAGAGAGAGAAGAAUCUGAAAAAGGGUGGAUUUUUGUGGGAAUUUACUGAUGGGUUGUGUGUGAUGUGAAGGAGGUGAAGAUGGGGAGGAGGAAUUGGAAGAAGGGUUUGUGUUAAAGUUUGUUUCUUUGAGUUGGGAUUUUGUGCGUUUGGUUCGAUUUGGUUGGAUUUGAUAUGGGUGGGUGUUUCGCUUGUUUUAGAUCAUCAAACAAUGAUGGAAGUAGUAGUGGAGGUGCUGUGAAGGAAGUAAGCAACAAGGAUUCGGCUAAAGAUGGCUCAGUGACUCAGUCUAACCAUGUCAACAGAGUCAGUUCAGACAAAUCAAAAUCACGAAAUGGCUCUGAUCCCAAGAAGGAACAGGCAGUUUCCAAAGAACCAACACCACAUAUUGCUGCACAAACAUUUACAUUUCGAGAGCUUGCUGCAGCAACAAAGAACUUUAGGCCAGAAUCUCUAUUGGGUGAGGGGGGUUUUGGGCGUGUUUACAAGGGUCACUUGGAGACUACAGGACAGGUUGUUGCUGUGAAACAGCUUGAUAGGAAUGGCCUUCAAGGAAAUAGAGAAUUUCUUGUUGAAGUUCUGAUGCUUAGCCUUUUACACCAUCCGAACCUUGUCAACUUGAUUGGUUAUUGUGCUGACGGGGACCAACGCCUCCUUGUCUAUGAGUUUAUGCCUUUAGGUUCAUUGGAGGAUCACUUACAUGAUCUUCCGCCAGACAAGAAGCCCCUGGACUGGAAUACAAGAAUGAAAAUUGCAGCUGGUGCAGCCAAAGGAUUGGAGUACUUGCAUGAUAAAGCUAAUCCUCCUGUAAUUUAUAGGGACUUAAAAUCUUCCAACAUCCUUCUUGAUGAAGGCUAUCACCCUAAGCUAUCAGAUUUUGGGCUUGCAAAACUGGGUCCUGUUGGUGACAAAACCCAUGUCUCCACUCGUGUGAUGGGUACAUAUGGUUAUUGUGCUCCAGAAUAUGCAAUGACUGGCCAACUCACCCUUAAAUCCGAUGUUUACAGUUUUGGAGUUGUGUUUCUUGAGCUUAUCACAGGGCGCAAGGCCAUUGAUAAUACAAGGCCUCCUGGAGAACACAAUCUUGUUGCAUGGGCACGGCCACUUUUCAAGGAUCGCAGGAAGUUUCCAAAGAUGGCUGACCCAUUGCUGCAAGGUCAUUAUCCGAUGCGUGGACUGUACCAAGCCCUUGCAGUUGCAGCCAUGUGUUUGCAGGAACAAGCUGCUACAAGGCCUCUAAUAGGUGAUGUUGUGACAGCCCUCACAUAUUUAGCCUCCCAAACCUAUGAUCCAAAUGCACCAAGCAGCCAGAGUAACAGAGUUGGACCUUCUACUCCAAGAAUGAAGGAUGACCGGAGGAGUAUGACGGAUGGGUUGGACAGCCCAGAUGAGCCAGGACGUGUAAGGCGGCACGGUUCCCCCUCCAUCCAUAAAAAUUCACCUGAUUAUAGGAAAAGGGAUCAUCAUGUUAGGGAAUUGAGUACUGGUGCAGAGUUAGGCAGGAGUGAAACUGGAGGUGAGUCUGGCAGGAGAUGGGGUUUGGAUGAUUUAGAACAACAGCAAACUCACAAAGAUAGCCCUCGGAACAUUGCAAGAGGAAGAGAAACCCCAAGGAAUCAUGAUCUCGAUAGAGAACGUGCUGUUGCAGAAGCAAAGGUAUGGGGUGAGAACUGGAGGGAGAAAAAGCGAGCAACCGCAAUGGGUAGCUUUGAUGGUACAAAUGACUGAUUGUGCGUCAGCACCCAGCCAUGUCAUUUUGAACAUCAAGGGUAUAAAAAUGUUGUACCAUCUCUAAGGUUUCAUCCUGCAAAAGAAGAAGAUACACCAUGCUUUACCGUCUCAUUUGCCAUUUCCACGGUGGGAAUAAGAGUUCUUGCAUGCAUCCAUCGUCUCUGACUGUUGUUGCUUGUCCUGUAUCGUUCUUAUAGUGGAGUACGAACAGAAUGCUUCAGUUAUGUGGUUGAAGGAAGAAGACACAGUUAAGGACAAGGAGCGGGUGUGGUAGAUUUUUGAGGCAUAUUAUACAGGUAAAUUCCGCUUGCCUAAUGUUGUAAGGAAUCUGUUGGUAUUUAUUAUUGUCUUUAGGGUUUUCUAAGAUUCUUGUCAAGGGGAAAUUCUGCGGAGAAUGUCUAAAUUUUGCCCCAUAUUUGUUGUCUGUAUGUUGGGACACUUAGUGGGAUUUGUGUGGUUUAUCUUCUUUAGACAUUGUUGUUACAUAUUUGAGCUGGUACAGCAUGAAUUUAUGAGUUCAGCUUUCAUGUUUUCGGCUUAUACAUUCCAGUUU